GCUCGUGCGUAGCUGGCUGUCCCGAGCAGAAAGCGAGGCAGGAUCGCGAGCGCUGCACGAACCCAGGGGCGGAUAUCGCGCGAAUGUGUUUUUCUGUGCGAAACGGAGGAAACACGCCGAAAAACGUCACCACCGAGGCGCUUUCUCUGCUCGCCGUUUUGUCACCUUGUUCUUCAGCGAACCUUCGGGAAGCACAGCGCGGUGUGCGGUCUUGUUUUGGUUGGAGAAACAAAAGCGGUAAAAAAAAGAGAGAAAACCCCACGGGGAAAGGUGUUUGUGUGGUCGUACGGGACUCGAGGCGGCGCGGCGCGGCAUGAACGCCCGCUCACCGGCCCUGUUUUGGGUGAGAGACGGGAGCGCUCGGUUUAACCGCGACAUGCACCGAUAAACAAAGAGGCGGCUACUUUCCUGUCCGUUAACUCGCCCGCAGACUGAACUCUUAAAAAAAUAAUAACAACACCGAAACACUCAAGAAAGAAGGAACGCGGGAUAAAGCUGCCGUGGGAGCGGGUUGGUCUCCGGAGCUGGUGUGCAACAACAUAAAUAAUAAUUAAAGAAAAGCCACGAUGAUGCCCUCUUUUGCCGUCCGGAUCCUCGUUCUCGGCUUGUGCGUGCGCGGCGCCGCGGCUCAGGCAGCGUCCACUGCGGCCGUGUGCGCGCCCGCGUGCCGCUGCGACGGGGACGGCGGUGCUGACUGCUCCGGGAGAGGACUGAGCUCCGUGCCGAGCGGCCUCAGCGCCUUCACCUACUACCUUGACCUCAGCAUGAACAACAUCACGGAGCUUCCUGCGAAUGUGUUCAAGAACCUGCCGUACCUGGAGGAACUGAGAUUAGCAGGUAAUGAUCUUACUUUCAUCCACCCAGAAGCUCUGUUUGGUCUCCACCAGCUCAAAGUACUCAUGCUUCAAAAUAACCAGCUGAAGACGGUUCCCAGUGCUGCUCUGAAGAACCUCCAUGCUCUGCAGUCUCUGCGCUUGGAUGCGAACCACAUCACAGUGGUGCCUGAGGACAGUUUCCAGGGCUUGCAGCAGCUCAGACAUCUGUGGCUGGAUGAUAACAGUCUGACCGAGGUUCCAGUCGUGCCUCUGCAGCAUCAGGGGAACCUGCAGGCGCUCACGCUGGCACUCAAUCGCAUCGGCCACAUCCCAGACAACGCCUUCGCCAACCUCUCUAGCCUGGUGGUGCUGCAUCUGCACAAUAACAGGAUCGAGGAGAUUGGGAAGAACUGUUUCAUUGGCCUGGACAAUUUAGAAACACUAGAUCUGAACUACAACAACCUGAAAAGCUUCCCCGAAGCCAUCCAGACUCUCCCCAAGCUGAAAGAGCUUGGCUUUCACAGUAAUAAUAUCGCCAUCAUACCUGAAGGAGCUUUUCAUAAGAAUCCACUGCUACGCACCAUUCAUCUCUAUGACAACCCUCUCUCCUUCGUGGGAAGGUCAGCUUUCCUCAACCUAUCAGACCUGCACUCUCUGAUGCUGCGUGGUGCCAGUAUGAUGCAGGACUUCCCCAGUCUGAGUGGAACAGGGAAUCUCGAGAGCCUCACCCUAACAGGCACUAAGAUCAGCGCUGUACCUGCAGAUCUGUGUGAGAGCCUCUCUGUUCUCCGGACUUUAGAUCUUUCCUACAAUGAGAUCGAAGUGCUGCCUUCCUUUCAGGGCUGUGUGAGUCUUCAGGACAUAACCCUACAGCAGAACCACAUCCAGCAGAUUGAGCGAGACACCUUCCACGGCCUGACGAACCUCCGAGUUCUAGACCUGAGCAGAAAUGAGCUGAAGUUCAUCCACCCAGAUGCCUUCCACUCUCUCAGCGCGCUGACCAGCCUGGAUCUGAGCAUGAAUCUUUUAGCCAGUGUACCUACAGCUGGUCUAAAUGCUCUGAACCAGCUCAAGCUGACAGGCAACGUGAACAUGAGGAGCAGCCUGAGCGCCGCCGGCCUUCCCAAGCUCAGGUCUAUAUCAGUGCCGUAUGCAUAUCAGUGCUGUGCUUUCAUUGCCUGUGAUGGCACACUGAAUUCCCUGGAAAGAGAGGACUGGGGGAAAGGCAUUGGUGUGGAUGAGGAGAUGGAGAGGCCCCCCCUGCUUAUGCAUUGUUCUCCUUCCCCAGGAGCAUUUAAACCGUGUGCCCACCUGCUUGGCAGCUGGAUGAUUCGACUCACCAUAUGGUUCAUCUGCAUGGUGGCUCUCCUGUUUAACUGCCUGGUCCUGGCUGCCACGCUUUCUCCACGCAGCUGCCCAGUCUCACCCACCCGCCUGCUCGUGGCCGUCCUGGCAUCCUCCAACCUGCUGACUGGAUUCUACGUGACUGCACUGGUAGUCCUGGAUGCUGCCACCUGGGGCUCGUUCGCAUCCUAUGGCGUGUGGUGGGAGACAAGCGCCGGGUGCCAGGCACUCAGCGUGCUGGCCGUGUUCUCGUCCGAGUGGGCCGUUCUGGUGUUGCCUCUAGCUGCUGUGGAGCGCAGCCUGGCUGUCCGGGCACUGAUGGGUAAAGGGGGAGCGCUGAGGAGCUGUGACCGGAGGGGUCAGAGAAGGAAGUUUGGACUGGCUGCAGGACUUAUGGGUGUAUUGGCAGCUGGGGUGGCGUUUUUAAGCCUGUAUCAAGGAGCAGUAGAGGGUUCUCCGCUGUGCCUGCCGUUCUCUGGAGGUUUGGCACCUGGGUUGGGCGUGACAGUGGCGCUGGUGCUGCUGAACACCCUCGCAUACCUGUUGAGCGCAGUGAUCUACACAAGGCUCUACUGUGGUCUGGGCCGGGCACAGCUUGCUGAUCCAGAGCAAGCAGGUUCUGUGCGGCAUGUUGCGUGGCUUAUUUUUACUAACUGCAUCUUCUUCUGCCCUGUGGCAGCCUUCUCUUUCGCCCCACUGCUGACGGGAACGGGUACUGCAGCCGGAAGCCCGGACAUGGCAAAAUCAGUUACGCUGAUCUUCUUUCCUCUGUCUGCUUGCCUAAACCCAGUGCUGUACGUCUGCUUCAGCCCUGCCUUCCGGCACGACUGGCUCCGCCUAAGGGGGCGGAUCAGACUUGGGAGAGGUGGGAAAGCCAUCAGGACCAGUUCAGCAGGCAUCACGGGAACAGGUGAAGGCGGAGUCUCGAGUGAACUGGGCUACGAAUGUGGCAUGUGCGAACGCUGCGAAGCAGCUCUUCUAGCCCGAGCAUCUUCAUCAUCCGCAUCCUCAUCGUCCUCUUCCUCCUGCACAUGCAGACAUUUAGUGAGGUGGCACAGUUGCCCGGCGCUACCAGCGGGCGAGGUUCCGUGCUCGCGUUCCGAGGGCGACUGGGCCGACUGCGGCACUCUGUCAGCGCACUCGGAAUAUGCAGACGAGGGCGACUCGUUCGUAUCGGACAGCUCGGAGCAGGCACAGGCGUGCGGACGUGCGUGUUUCUGCCAGAGUCGCGGCUUACCUUUAGUGCAUUACUCUUACAACGUGCCCAGCGUUAAAGACUGAGAAUGAGUCACUGCAAACACACACACACACACACACUCGCAUGUUCACACCUUUGCUCAUUCACUACAGAGUGUCUGCUCACAUGGCACACACAAGCACAUUAUGCAGGGAACAGUGGGCAAUUUGAGACACCCUGGAGCCAGAGACGUUUGACUGGUCAGGAAGCACUUUUAUUUUCAGACACAUCAGUGUGUGUGUGUGUGUGUGUGUGUGCGUGUGUAGGUGUGUGUGUGUGUGUGCACGCAUGUGAAACGAUGCUGAAGCCUCGUCAGUAAAUAAAAAAGGGAAACUGACAAUACGAGACAGACUCACUGAGCCAAAUGUCAGCAGGACCUGAUUUGCUUUCUGCUUUUUCUUCAUGUCUGCACGACUGCAGCGAGCUGACUGACUUCCUUAAUCCUUAAAGAAUACAAAACCCGAGCGCUACUGCCCGCCUCUCACUCUUCCCCAGAACACAACUUCAGUUUGCAAAGAUUUUUGUUAAGCAGGGAUAAAUGUCUCUAAGCUGAGAAUAUUUUUGUCUUGAUUUUGUUCUUCACUGUUGGCAUUCCUUGUUCUAUUGACCUCAGCGUGUGACGGAGGAAGUGUGGGACCUUUUCCCACGUAGCUGCAUUUCGUGUAUGUGUUAGUCAAGGAGAAUGUAACAUAACAGAAACUUUUUAAAGAGUGAGUCUAUUUUUACUGCCUCUUUUCUUGGAAAUUCUGCUAAUAUUUAGCACUGGCCAGCAGCCAUUCCCUUCACACUGUUCAGUCCAUCUUGUGCUUCGACAGCUGCGCAGAAGCCUUCGGGGUGAAAUAGUGGUUUGAAGGCACAGAAGAUUGGACGUGGAAUCCAGUUAUGUUCGGCGCGCUCUCUCAGCCGUAACGUUUUGACAUUAGCAAUGGCUUUAUCACACUCGUAGUGCCCUAAUUUAUAAACAGUAUGUAAAAUUGUUUCAAUUAUAGAAUGGUGUAAAUAAUUCAGCAGUUACGGUACUGUAUACGACACAUGUUUGGACCUUUGUUCCUGUGCGGCAUUCGCUCAUCACUUAGAAACUGAUUUACCGAAAGGUUAAACAUCAUAUUUAAUCAGCUUUGUAGAUGAUGUGAAUUUCUACAUUCUACAGUCUGAUGAGGAAUAAAAUACUACAGGACGUGCUGUUAUCGGAAAAUAAUCACCGACGGAAUGACGGACGUGGAUUAUUUUCUGAUACAGCAUGCCUAGAAGUGUUUUAUUCCUCUUAUCCAACAGAAAUCGAUCAACGAUUAAAUUUGUUUAUUUUACGACACGUCAUCAUUUGAACCAUCUUUUUUUUAGUUGUUUACAUUUACAGUUGUGGAACAUACACGUAGGUCUGGAUGAUAUGUCGAUAAUAUCGAUAUCAUGAUAAAUGAUUAUGCGAUACACUUUUCUUUUUUUCUUUUUUUACAUUUUUAAUCAUUACAAAUAAAACGGCACUGAAUGGAUGCCAUUGAUUUAUAUAUAUAUAUAU